UUAGACAACUCUGGGACUUGAGGUAAGGGACCUGUUGAUCGAACUUCCGAACCGAAUCGAAGUGUGUUCAUCCUUAUCAUAGUACCGGGGAGAUUCCCGCGUGGAUGGAUAAAGAAAGUCGAUAGAGUUCAGGAAGCCCAAUUAUUAAGAUUGAAGAUGGGUUUAGCCAAACAUCUUCUGAGAGUCUUUGUUGACACUACCGUUAUUUUGGGUGUCAUCCUCUUCAUUCCAGGUUUCCCACCUUACAGUAGCUUGGAGCCUUUCAUAGCUCCUCCGCCUUUACCAUUUGAAGGGGCACUUGAUCCAAAAGACUAUGCCCUUGCUAAAGCAGAGAAAUUGUUUGAAGGGGAAAUCGUAGGACCUGAAUGUUUUGAAGUAUCCCCAGUUGAACCUGACGUCUUUUAUACCACUCUUCAAGGAGGUGCUAUUGUUAAAAUAUCUGAAAAUGGUAAGAAAAUGAAAGCUGUUGCGAAGUUUGGAGAAAAAUGUGAAGGAAAUUGGGAUGGGAAAAACUGUGGACGACCUUUGGGAAUUCAUUUUAAUUCCAAAGGGCAGCUGAUUGCAGCAGAUUCAUAUUUAGGAAUUUAUCAAAUUGACUUUGAAUCAGGACAAGUUUUGAACCUUGUAAACAAAGAUACAGAAGUGGAUGGAAAACUUGCAAAAACUUUCAACAGUGUAGCUCCUGCCAGAAAUGGCAAGAUUUAUUACACGGUUUCUAGUACAAACUAUCAUUUGGACGAAUCUGUGGGGGAAAUGCUUGGAGCCCCAUCUGGACGUCUUAUAGUUUUUGAUCCUGAAACGAAUGAAAAUAAAGUCCUCUUAGAGAACCUUCACUUCCCGAACGGCAUAGUGUUAUCACCGGACGAAGACUACCUGAUCUUUGCAGAAUGUCUUCGAUAUAGACUCCACAAGUACUACAUUCGGGGUCCUAAAGCAGGCACUUCUGAGGUAUUUUUGGAUGGUAUACCCGGUUCGCCGGACAAUCUGAAUCUCAGUCCAGAUGGAAACAUUUUUGUCGCCUUAGUUACGGUACGGUUACCUGGUGAAUUUAACCCACUGGAAUUCAUGUACAGUCAGCCAUUGUUGAGAAAGCUUGCAGUACGGCUUCUGCAUGUUUUGAAAUUUCCGUUUGAUUUUGCCGCGAAAUAUGUGGAUCUGCCCAUUCUCCGUAAAAUUGCUUCUCACAUUAUGAAUUUUGAAACCCUUUUGCCAGUCCUGCCGCCUUACUCAGUGAUCCUCGAAGUGGAUUGGAAUGGGAAAAUAAUCAAUUCUUGGCAUUCAAAUUUGUCUGACGUACGUUUUUUCAGCGACGCAAAGAUCAUUAAUGGUUAUAUGUACUUAGGAUCGCCUUACAAUGACUAUAUCGGCCGAAUUAAAAUGCCAGAUUCUAUUCACUUUGUUAAGCAACCCGUCUUCUCACUCGGCUAAAACGGAUUGUCUACUGCACUCACCCAGGUCUCAACAGUAGUAAUUGAUAGAUUUGCAUUUCAUCUUCUUUGCCAGUUAAGGAGCUUAAAAACAAUAAUGAGGGCUUUAAACGGGAAAAAAGAAACAAAACGUGUGGUGUGAUGUCUCGCCGUUCCUCGGUAAUCGUCCCAGUGUAUCAUAAUAAUUUGAUAAUGUUACAACGAGAUUACAGAGAUGUUUACAGGUAGAGAAAACUAUAUUCAAUAAUCAUUUAAUUUGAAAUUGGUGAAAUUCUUCCGAAAUGUCGAUCCCUCCGACGUAGUGAACACGAGCGUGAAACAAUUAAACACUAAACAAUCGUCAUGGUAAAUCUAUCCUAAGGUGACUACUCUCUCUUUCUUAAAACCUGUCUAUCAAAUUAUCAUUAAAUAAAAUGGAUGUUGGUUGAA